UCCAGACGCAGACAGACGCUAGACGCCCGAAUCCGCAUGAAUAUUACGCGUCGCCGCUACACCGAAAGACUCACGCUUUGUUUAUGGUGCGAAUCUACAGAGUGAUUUACAAACAUAUGACAGUUGAUAGUUUUUAUGGAGAAAAGGAAAUACAGUGAUGUGAUUUGGUGAUAAUAUUUGGAAAUAUGACUGCGGUCUGGAUAUCGGAAGUGAUUUUGGUAUUAAGUGUUUUGUUUGGAGAUGUGAUAUCCGUAAAGAACGUUCUCUUGACAAUCGAACCCAGGGUAGUGCAAAAAGGAACAAGCUCCACAUUGAGGUGUUCUUUUGACCUUCAGGAUGAGUCGUUGUAUUCGGUGAAGUGGUAUAGAGGGCGCCACGAAUUCUAUAGGUUCACUCCCAGUGAACAACCCAACAGUAAAAAGAUAUUUAAAUUUAAAGGAAUUAAUGUUGAUAGGGAAGCAUCAAAUUCAACACAAGUUGUUCUUCGAGAUAUCGAUUUCAAUUUGUCAGGAAACUUCAUGUGCGAAGUAACCACUGACGCUACACAUCUAACCACUGGUGCUGACACUAAAGCUAUGCUAGUAGUGGAAUUACCAGAAUACCCUCCAACAAUCAGCGUAACCGGUGAACCGUUGGACUACGGGGAUAUAUUGCGGGCCAAUUGUUCGUGUUCGCCUUCUAGGCCCAAAACCUCGCUGACGUUUUUUCUCAACAAUUAUACGGUUGCCCAUACGGAACCACUCAGUCCCCAUCAGUACCAAGAAUCAGCUUGGAGCGAUCUGUCUUUAGAGAUCAGAUUAUACGAGGAACAUUUUAACGAUGGUCGGUUGAUUCUGCGAUGCGUUGCAGAUAUCGAAGAAAUUUACCAUGUAGAGGCUGUGCUCAAGUUAGGCAGUGUUCGUGAUCCCGUCCCAGAAAGAGUGAGUGCUUAUAAUAGAAGCGUAUCCACAGCAUCACUGCAAUUAUUAUUUCUUAACAUGUUUGUUUUUGUCAAUAUUCUACUAGUGUUAAGUUAGGACAAACAUAAUGAAUUGUAUGUAAGAGAAAUAUAUUAAAUUCUAAUUUUGUGCACUAGGUCUGGACUCUAUUUACUUGCAAGCACAUGAAAUUUUAGACUAGCAAAAUUAACUGAUGAAUUAAAAUAUUUCCAUGAAAAAUAAUGCAAAAUAUUGUCAUUUGAAGCAAUACUCAAUAAAUAGCAUAUUAAGGCCUCCGAGUUGUGGAAGUUUUUUUUAAAUAUAAGAAACAAUAAAUUUUUAAUAUAAGGAGAGUAAAUACUAAAAGUGAUAUAAGGUAAAUAUACGCCUGGAUCCCGCGUACCAAAUAAAGUUGAUUAAUAGCAAGCUGAAAAUUUGUUAAUAGCUUAACGGUGUCUAGUCGGACAAAAGUUGAUGUAUGGGAACACUGGAGCAGGGAAAGUUUUAAUUGUGGAACGUGUCAUCCUGACAUGUUUAUGAUUGUGAAAACUAACAGGUUGUUUUUAAGUUUAUUAAAUAGCAAACUUUAUAUAAUAUAUAAAAAAAAUAUUUUUCCGACAAAUGUGUUGGGCAUUCUAAAGUGCAAGACGUAGAACAUGUCAAAUAACAGAAAUUAUGUUGGUGGUAAAUAGCAGUCUGAUUUUUGCAUGAGAGUUUAAGGGGAUGGGUACGAACUUUCGGCUUCAAUGCUAUUUAAAUGGGAUUCAUUUUUUUCGAAUCAUGAAAAAACUAAUAAGUAUUUUUAAAAAAAUUUAAACGCAGAAUGAAAGAUUUCGUUAUUACCGAGGGCAGAAAGUCUCUGAAAACUUCUAUAAUGUUUAUUUUAAUCAGUUACAGGGGUGAAAAACUAAGACAAAAUUUAGUGUGACAUUUAAUUAGAAAUAUCUCAUUCAAAAGAAACUUUUUAUUCAUUCUAAGUGAUUUUCGGCCCUCGGUAAUAGCUAAAGUAAUCUUUCAUUCUGCGUAUAAAUUUUUCAAAAAUACUUAUUAGUUUUCUCAGGAUUUGACAAAAAUUAUUACAUUUAAAAUACAUUGAAAAUUUUGACAUACGUCAAAAUGUUCCUUUCCUCUUAAUGAAAGGUUAACAAAUCAAUUGGAAGUUCUGUCCGACUAAAUACAUGGGACGUUUUCGUAGUCUGACGUUCCAAACCUGUAACCUGUUCCACAAUUAAAAUUUCCACUUUUCCAGUGUUCCCGCACAUCAAAGUUUGUCCGACUAGACACCGUUAAGCUAUUACCAAAUUUUCAGCUUGCUAUUAACAAAUUUUUUUUUGUACUCGGGAUCCGGGCCUAAUAUUCCUAUAUAUUUUUUAGCAAAUUGUAAAACUUGUAUCUAACAAUUACACUUUGGUAGACAAGUACUUUAUGAGACCCUAAGAAAGUCUUAGACCUUAUAUAUCAACAUUAUCAGCAUAUUUUAAGGCCAUUGCAAGACAUAGGUCUCCCCUGUUUGUAUUCAGAGUGCACGGUCUGUGCAGUAUGGAACUCAUCUCCAUUUGGAUCUGCAAGUGCUUGUCUUGCUAUGUUGCUGUGAUCUUUACUUAAAGAAUGGCCAAUCCAUUUAAACAAUUUUUUUCUUGACUGUAGUAGAUAUGUUAGUUUGCUUUGUUCUUCCCCAUAGUUUUUUAUUAGUUAUUCUGUUGGACUAGUACCUUUUCAAGAUUUUUCAUAAAGAUUUCCUUACGAAAGUUUUCAGUUUUUUAGUUGUACUUUCGUCGUUUUUCCAUGUUUCUGGUCCAUAGAGUAGAAUACUUUUAGUUUUCCAAAUUAUAUUUAAAGCGUUGAAUGCAUAUUGAGCUUUUAUUAUUUUCGUCUGUAAUCCUUUUUACACCCCCGCUCCUUUCCAUGACUGAUCACAAAUAUAUGAACUUGCCUACCUCUUCUAAUUUCUUACCGUUCACCAUUAUUUUAUUAUUUGGGUAGUUAACAUUUUUAACCGUUGGUUUUCUCUGUGUUUAUUCGAAGUCCGAUUGGAGUACUGUGGUAAUUUGUCAAUUUUUGAUUGUAUGAUUUUUCUGUACAGUUAGCUGGCCGAUGUUAUCCACAUAUUCAAGAUCUUCUAACUGAAUAUAUUCCACCUUAUGCCUGUUUGAUAGUCAGUUACUUUUCUCAUGAGUUCUAAUGAAUUCGCUGGUAAUCAUUGCCUAUACAAGCUUGCUUUCCGAGGAUAUUCUAUACAAAAAGAAAAUAAAGUAGGUACAAUAAGUAUAUAAAAUCUUCUUGAACUUUUUAGUCUUUUUUAAAUAUUUUAACCUUUAUAAACUAGGAAUAUAAUUUCUCUAACAUAUCUGAAAAAUACAUUACUUGAAAUAUUCGUUUGUAAAAUUUAAAAAAAUCUUACUUCCUCUCCCAUUAUGACACAUAAAACGGGAAGUUAUAUUUUUUAAAGAAGACAGCUUUAAGCCAUUCUUUUAAAACGGAGCCAUUUUGUAAACUUUUUACUUCCUCUAUAAAAGUUAUUAAGAACUGUACAAAGUCAUACUAAUUCCAUUGUUUCAAAACUCAAGUUAAUAUAACAGGAAUUUCUCAAUAUAUUACGUAUUUCGUUUAAUUUCGCCUGCUUCACUGAAGCUCCUGCUGUGGAACUGUUCUUAAAUUAUAAACUUAAUUACUAAUGUCACGGAAAAAGUUGAGCAGUAACUUUGGUAGCGCUUGCACACAGUGAAUAGUUCAGACCUAGUUAAAUAUUUUAAUUAGAUAUAUAAAGUUUGUUACAGAAAAUCGAAAUUAAUAUUUGUUUCUAAAAUAAAUUUUUACAAAUUAUCAAA